UGCAAUGUUUGUUGAUUUGUCUUGCCACACAGUAACACAUGUUGUGACUUGGUCACAGAUUUGUACCAGUUCAUUAUAAUCUCACAAUCUCUGCCAUCCGAACAGCUUUAGCAUUUCAUUGUAGCCUAAUUUCCGUCAGUAAUCUGAUUAGUGGUAUGAGCUGCCGUAAGCCGCAACCUAUUGCCUGGCCUAUUCCAUCAGCCACUGCAGGCUUUGACAGCUUUGGUCCUGCUCCAUGCAAAAAUCUCCACACGUUACGGUGUAGACAGGCCCAGCAUUGUGUCUGGUAUAAAAUUAGCCAUUACUUGUCACUUGAAGCCUUCGAACUCCGCAGUCAUGUUCCGAAAUCCCUGGAUCGCUGGUUAUGCUCGAACCAUGACAUGCUGUGGCCAAGAAGUGGCGAAGGAACAUCCUGUUGGACUUGGAAGAGGAAUAUUAUUUCAGAAAAGGACCCCAAGUUUCCAGAAAGAGUUUUCUCCUGACGCCAAGGACAUUGGAAAGAAAACAAAAACCAUUGACACAAAUCUACUUGCUGUACUUCCUAAAGUUGCAGAACUUCGAAAAAUAUUUGAAGCUGGGCAGAAGUCCUCUGUGGAAAUGAACAGGAAAGAGCGAAUUGCGAGACGUUUGGAAGGGAUUGGAAGUGAGACCCAGCCAGUGCUUCUCCAGAAUUGUCCCGGGUUGGUCACUCAUCGCCUUCUGGAGGAAGAUACUCCCAGAUACACACGAGCUUCCGAUGCUUGUAGUCCACCCUCAGUUCGAAGAUCGGAUAAGGAAGAGUCGAAGCAGCACCUUGCUGAGGACCCCAAUUCGGAAAGGCAGUCGAGACCUCGGUGCCGGGGCGAGGUUAGACACGUGACCACCGAGUCCCCUUGCCCCGUCGGAAUGAACAUCGAAGCGUUGGACGCGAAAGCCGAGCGAAUCGCCAAGUACAAAGCGGAGAGGCGGCGACAGCUGGCCGAGAAGUACGGGAUUUCCCUGGACUCUGAGACAGAUGGGGGCAUCGCGUCCAAGUACCCGAGGGCGAGAAAGGAAAUGGAACAAGUCGGCGAACAAGUGCCGCCGCCUUCGCCAAAGGUUUACGGCGGCGGCGGCUUGGGCUCAAUCAAGUCGCAACCUACCAGGGAUCAGGUGGACGAAGAAGAGGCGGAAGCCCAGUCACCUGGCGGACACGGCGAAAGGCUCUCCUCAGAUGGAAAUGGUUUCAUGGAAAGGGAGAGUCUGCUCAACGAAGAAAAUCGGAAGAAAGCGUUUGAGAUGAGUGCUCAAGGAAGGCAAUUAGAAUUGGCCAAUGUCAAGGACGUGACUCUGUCUGAUGCGCCAUGCUCGCCGAUAUCCACAUGGAGAGUUUCACUUACAUCACCAAAGCAUUUCCCCGAUGUGUUUAAUUCAACCAGCGAGCAGUCCCAAUGCUUGCAGAAUGAACAAGGCAAUACAAUGAAAGUAAAGAAUGAGUGGUAUCUACAGAGAGAUUCCAAUGGCGAGACUCCAUCUCUCAUCAACUGGCCAUCCAGAGUAAAAGUUAGAGAAAGAAAGUUGAAGGAGGAAGGGAUUCGGAGCAGCCCUGAUGUAGUCAAAGAAGUCACUCAAGGAAGACCUCAACAAACGCCAGCUCGUUACAUCUCCCUCGUGCCAGAUCCUCCAACUGUUAACACAGUUAGUAAACCUAGUCCAGUCCACCAGUCGAUCUUUAUUCAGUCGACUGAUCCCCUAGACGGUGCGAAUGUGAUGACGAAAGAGUACAGAGGCAGCAGAAUUGGCAAUCGCGUGCCAGGGAUUAUUAACUUUUCAGCAAGAACUGACGAGGCAGACAUCAUGGGAUUUGGAGGUCCUGCUCGCUGUUCCGAUCCAAAGCUGGACCAGUCUGUUGGCACUCGAGACUUGCUGAAAAGCCGCAAAGCAGUUUUACCGUCCCAAGUUCGCAAGCAAGAAAAGGUUCUUGAAGACGCCGUCGUCGACACCAGAGUUGUACAUUCGCAGAGAUUCCUGGGAAGAAAAGAUGAAAAGACUGCUUUUCAAAAACCUCCUCUUCACAAGCCCGUCAGCAUUGUGCCAGAGCUGUCCGACAAACCAGGAUCUCACCCUCCACCAUUUUCCAAAGACUGGAAUAGACCUCUCGACGCUACACAGAGGGGUGAGAAAGCCAUGUCCAUUCAGAAGUGGUCAGUGUUGAAUUCGCAUGCAACUGUUGAAAGAGGGAUGGCUCGGCUCCGGAGUGUGUCCAUUGAGAAACUCAAUUUGACGGGACUGGGUGUGGAGGUUCCACACAGCGAAGGACAUCAGGGCAUCAAUGCCGACGAACUUGGUGGUGACGCUGGCUCUGUUGACACGAGGGUAUCCGUUGCCAGACUACGGAGUGCCUUUCUGGAGACGGCCAACACCAGCAGAAACCAGGACCUUGAAACUAAUGUUGACUUAAUGACAUCGGGCCUUGAUUUGGCCACCCCCGCUGAUAUGGAGAAGGUUCCUCGUCGACCAAGGCGUUACAUUUCCUAUGGUGAGAAUAGGAAGACCUCUGAGAGGUUUAGAACGCAGCCUAUUACUACAACAGAGCGACAGGAGACAGCUAGGCCAAAUCUUAUUGCACAAAUGGAAACUACUGAAGAUGAAGAGAAAUUAGAUGAUCGAGCCAAAAUGAGCGUGUCUGCAAAGAGGUCGCUUUUCCGUGAAUUGGAAAAAUCAACGAAGGCGAUGGAAACCUCUCUGGCUCCCAAAUCUCGGUCGAGGAAUUCCGCGGUGGAAAGGCGAUUGCGUCGCACGCAAGAUCGUUCUCGGACUCAGCCGGUCACAACUGAAGAGGUUGUCAUUGCAUCCAGCCAACCCACCCCUGUCUCUCCUUUGAUGACUGUUCGCACAGUCAUGGCAAGCACCACUAGUUCCACUGUAGUAAACUCCAUCUCACAGCCGACCAGACUACAAGCAUCAGCACAGGAUACUGCAAGGGAACAGAAGGGGAAUGAAGCCAAGGAAAUGACAGAACAGGGUCAGCAUGAAGAGCCAGACAUCUCCACACUGAGUCUGGCGGAGAAGAUGGCCCUGUUCAAUCGCCUCUCACAGCCCUUGACCAAAGUGAAAUCACCGAGGAAUAGAGGUGACACCAGGCAGAGACGGUCAAACUCCCGAUACCAGACUCAACCAAUUACUCUGGGAGAAGUUGAAGAGGUACAAAAUGGCAAUGGAAUGAUAAGACCCUUGUCGCAGUCUGUUGGAAAGACAAUGACCAGUCAUACUGCUACGGUCUCCACUGCGUGUGCUGGCGACCUCCACAUUGGGAUAUCUUCCGCGACCGAGGACAGUUUGCACAUUACCCACACGUCAACAGCCAAGUCCAUUUUGUCUUCCCACAGUUCAAAUGUGGACAUCUCGAACAGGAGUCGGCUCCCAUCAGAGCUUGUGCACGUAUCCCAGGAAAAAGCAUUCAGCUUCAGCAGGGAACUCGAGGGAGGUGCUGGGGAGGACCACAACAAUGCUGGCGAGCAAGAGAUGCUGCAACCGAGAAGCAAGCGUGAUGGCAGCUUUUCAGAAACCCUGCCUCAUGAGAUCACUGGGGGAAGUACGGAGGCUGAGAAUGGAAACCCAGACGCUCAGAGUGGCGAACAGCUGAUCGCAGAAACCGUGCCACAGUCGGCUGAGAGGAAAGAGACCAUGAAGUCGGGAAGCUUCAAUGUCAGCUGGGAAACUGCAGAAAAGGACUUUGAUGAACAUUUUAAGGAGAAGGAAGUUAUCACAGAAUGUGUGGAGCACGUUUCGGAAACUAAAACAGCCUCGGCGACAACAUUAACGGCUUUGCAAGUCUCCGCCAUAACAUCCUCCAGACACGGUUCAUGUCUGCAGCAAGCCACGCAAUUAGAAAGCCAAGUGCCUUACGAUCAAUCGGAACCGUUUUCCACUGAAGUCAGCCGCAUUGAAAAAAGUGAGGGGAUCUCGGAUUUCACCACCGGGAAAGGAAUGUCCAUAAAAGAAAGGAUGGCUCUGCUGAAGCGAAGUGGAGAGGAGGACUGGAGGAACAGAAUUAACAGGAAGCAGGAGAGCAGCAAGAUGACCAUGAUCAGUCGCUACGCCCAGUAUCAGGAAACGGAGCAAACCUACAUCAAAAAGGAGCAAGGAGAGAUUGCCGAUGACAUCUGCCUUUCUAAUCCGCUUUGGGAACCUGUUUAUUCUUCUACUUAUUCUCCUGUUCUCUCUGCUGUCCAUAACUGUCAGUACAUUGUACAUAGUAAACAGGUCAUUUCUGGUAGUUCCACAGAAGCAAGCCCUCAGCUACAUGACGAACGCCAUCCCUGGAGAUGGAAGAGGGUGACGGGUGAAGUGGAAGCACAAAUGACAAUAGAAGAAAGGAAGCAACUCAUUACGGCGCGGGAGGAAGCCUGGAAGAUCCGGGGCAGAGGAACAUGCAAUGAUUCCACGCAGUUUACUGUGGCUGGAAGGAUGGUAAAGAAAGGCCUGGCAUCACCCACAUUCAUGAGUCCUCUCUCAUCGCCUCUCUCACACAAGAUGAAGAACAGUGCCCCGGUCAUUUCCAAGCCACAAGAAGAAAUUGAGGUCAGACCUGAUUUGCAGUUGGAAAGUGACAGAAAGCUUGAUCAACUGGAGUCAUUCCUUGGUAAACUGCAGAACCGACUGCCGGGCCAUCAGGAUGCUGUCAUAACUGUAACCGGGCAGUCAGUGAAGGAAGUGAUGAGACCCGACGAUGAGGAAACCUUUGCCAGCUUCUACAGGCACGCAAACACCCUUGUCAUUCAGCCAGGAGCUGUGGAGAUUGACGAAGAGGAUCUUGAUGCCAUCUUUGAUCCAGACAUACCAAAGCUGACCUCAGCAGUGGCAGAACACAAGAGGGCCAUGAAACCCACACGCAAAGUGCAGUCUUCACGCAAUCCACUGAAAAUGCUUGCUGCCAGAGAUGACAUUCGGCAAGAAUAUACAGAGCAACGGUUGAACAUUGCAUUUAUGGAAUCGAAGAGAAUGAGAGUAGAAAAAAUGUCAAAAAACUCCAACUUUUCGGAAAUUGCACUGGCUGGGCUGGCAAGCAAAGAGGAUUUCAGCAGCGUCAACCUCCGAAAUGUCAACUCAACGGAACAAGUGUCAAACAACAGUGCCGUGCCAUACAAAAAGCUGAUGUUGCUGCAAAUCAAAGGUCGCAGGCACAUCCAAACCAGAUUAGUGGAACCGAGAGCAUCUUCGUUGAAUAGCGGAGACUGUUUCUUGCUGUUAUCUCCUCAGCACUGCUUCCUGUGGACCGGGGAAUUCACCAACGUGAUCGAGAAAGCUAAGGCAUCAGAGCUGGCAUCGUUUAUUCAGACGAAGAGGGAUCUUGGCUGCAGAGCACCGUACGUAGCUACAAUAGAAGAAGGAAUUAACUCCCACACCAAAACGGCCAAAGAUUUCUGGAGACUCGUGGGUGGUCAGUCAAGCUACCAAGGUGCAGGAAAUCCCGAUGAGGAUGAAAUGUAUGAAAGUGCCAUCGUAGAAACCAACUGCAUUUAUCGUCUGGUAGAUGAUAAACUUGUCCCCGAUGAUGACUUCUGGGGAAAGAUACCACGCUGUUCUUUGCUUAAUUCAAAAGAUGUGCUGGUGUUCGACUUUGGCAGUGAGGUGUACGUGUGGCACGGGAAGGAAGUCACACUGGCUCAACGGAAAGUGGCGUUCCAGCUGGCAAAGCAUUUGUGGAAUGGAACUUUUGACUACACAAACUGUGACAUCAACCCUCUGGAUCCAGGCGAAUGUAAUCCUCUGAUACCAAGGAAAGGUCAAGGGCGUCCCGAUUGGGCUAUUUUUGGCAGGUUGACUGAGCACAACGAAACGAUUUUGUUUAAGGAAAAAUUCCUGGAUUGGCUCGAUUCCAAGAAGCUCUCGCUAAAAGCUGCCGUGGAAGACGAACAGAAGCUGGAGCAUGGGAUUGACCUGAAGCCGUACGAUGUUACCUUGAUGAUACCUCUGUCACCAGCCCCAGUUGGAACAGCUCUGGAUGGGCUGAACAUUGGCCGUGGGCAUGGAAUCGUCGAGGGAGAAGAUGGAAGGCAGUUUGAGAUCACUAAUCUCUCGGUUGAUGUGUGGCACAUACUUGAAUUUGACUACAGUCGAUUACCGAAACAGAGCAUUGGACAGUUUCACGAAGGGGAUACGUAUGUGGUCAAAUCAAAGUACUUGGUGAGCACCACAGUUGGCAAGAGGCAGAAAUCCGAGCUAGUUCGAAAUACUGCAGUCGGGAAGGAGAAAUGUGCGUACUUCUUCUGGCAAGGCCGCCACUCCACUGUCAAUGAGAAAGGGACCUCUGCACUGAUGACUGUAGAGCUGGAUGAAGAACGAGGAGCGCAGGUGCAAGUUCUUCAGGGGAAGGAACCACCCUGUUUCUUGCAGCUGUUUCGGGGAGGAAUGAUUGUGCACGCUGGAAAAAGAGAGGAGGAGGAAGAAAGCUUGCAAAGUGACUGGCGGUUGUACUGUGUGCGCGGAGAGCUUCCACUGGAAGGGGUCCUGAUUGAGGUCGCUUGCCAUUGUAGCAGCCUCAGAUCCAGGAUCUCAAUGAUCCUGCUCAACGUCACCAAGGCAAUCAUCUAUCUAUGGCAUGGCUGCAAAGCACAGCCACACACAAGAGAAGUAGGAAGGACGGAAGCAAGCAAAAUCAAAGAAUUAUGUCCACUGGAGACGGGCCUGCACAGUAGUAGCAACGUCACCAUACAUGAAUGUGAAGAAGGGUCUGAAGCUGUGGCUUUCUUUGAAGCGUUGGGACGGAGAGAUCGUAAAGCCUACGACUGCAUGUUGCAAGAUCCUGGAAAAUUCAACUUCACUCCUCGACUCUUUCUCCUCUGUAGCUCAUCUGGAGAAUUCAUUGCCACCGAGUACUUGUAUCCUGCAAGAAAUCCUGAUAUGGUGAAUUCAAUGCCAUUUUUGCAAGAAGAUCUGUACACGGCUCCACAGCCAGCUUUAUUCCUGGUGGACAAUCACCAUGAGGUAUACCUCUGGCAGGGCUGGUGGCCGACGGAAAAUGAAAUAACAGGCUCUGCCCGCAUCCGCUGGGAUACAGAUCGGAAAUGUGCCAUGGAGACAGUGUUACAAUACUGCAAAGUAAAGAACCCAAAGAAACCACCAAAGUCCUACCUGAUCCACGCGGGUUUUGAGCCACUGACGUUUACGAACAUGUUUCCCAGCUGGGAGCACAGGGAAGAUGUGGCAGAGAUCACCGAAAAGGAAGCUGAUGCCUGCAAUAAAAUAAUUUUGGUGGAGGAUGUAUUGCACAAGCUGUGCCAGACACAGUACCCGCUGGAGGAACUUCAAGCCCGGCCCCUGCCAGAGGGAGUUGAUCCAUUGAAGCUUGAAAUUUACCUGACGGAUGAAGACUUUGAGACCGCGCUGGAAAUGACAAGAGAGGAAUUCAGUGACCUGCCCUCCUGGAAACAAGUUAAGCUGAAGAAAGCAAAAGGACUGUUUUGAGCAAUUUGUCGAACGGGACAUUUUUUAAAAAUUUUGAAAGAACAAAAAAAAAACUUGCUUAACGCUAGAGCUUUUUGCAGAAGAUCACGUCAACAUCCGUGAUCUGAUCAGUGGAACAUGGAAUUACAAAUAAAUUGCACAUUCAGGGCAGUGAUGCCUUUGUUGUGGGUGGGAGGGGGGGGGGGAAAUCUUGUCAGUUUUUUUUGCAUGUUACGGGAAGCUCUCUGGGUUUUAACAGUAUUGGCAUAAUAAAAUAGUGCUGUCAUAUGCGUUGGACUUCCGAAUGCACUUAAGAGCGACAGUUGCUAUUCAACAAUAUCCUGCCUAUCUAUGUAUCUUGAAGGCGAUAUAUUUUGUAAAGUGUUACUUUGUGUGUAGCAGAUAGUAAAUCAUAAAGAGUUUAUAUUUAUAUAAUAAUACAAUACGAAAAGUGACUAUGGUUUAAUGAUGAAAUAUUUAAAUUGUUAAUGACAUUAUAUUCACUUUAGACGACCUUAGCAUUAACCAGAAAUUACAAUAGAUCAUUGAAGCAAGCUGCUUGUACUGAGAUUAAAACAGCACAACAAGUAGUUUUCUUUGCAUUCUGAUAAUCAUACAGUUGUCUACAGGCACCGAAACGUGCCAUCAGUACUGUUCAGUGCUGCAAUUGAACAAUAUGUAUUUAUGGUAUGAAUUAAUGGAAAAACUGCGCAAAUCAAGUAACUUUUUAUGUGAAUCUACAAAAAAUGUAUAGUGCCUUGUUUUUGUGUACAGUUUCUACUCCUUAGCAGAUGUCUGAAUUUUGAUGGAAGCAGCAGUUCAGAAAGAAAAGGCCUCAUUCAGUGAACUUGUAAUCUGGGGGAUGUAAGAGUCUCUGUUUAUAAUACGCAUCGGCCGAACAAACCUUUUUUUUUGGUGAUACAAUUUAGAGAAAUAAAAGUUGACGAUUGGAUUUUUA